ACCCGGAAGUGUCAGUCUCGUGAUUUUUUGUCGAUUUAUCAUUACUUUUUCGCAGUUUUCUGUUAUUCAUCAAACUAAAAGCGCUAGAUAUUUGCUUGAAAUUGAAGUGAAUUAUACAGUGGUUGCAGGUGUUCAUUUCAUUAUUCUACCAUUCAUGUGAUUGAAUUGAGAUAGCCUUUAGAGGCCACAAUGAAUGCAAUCAUCUCUCUGUGCCACUUCUGUGAGCUGCAUGGUCCGAGUGUCCUCUUCUGCACGCAGACAUUUCAUACUCAAGAUCCCCAGCAUGUGCUGAGUGCGGAGAGUCCAAUAUCUGCUGACAAGGAGGCUCCAUCAUAUUAUGUUCGAGACAGGGUCCGUUCUCCAACUGUUGAGGCUUCUGCAUCAGAUCCCGCUGAACAACAGACGCGUCCCAGUAAAGCUUCAGACCUAUGCGAGGCCUGUCGUUCAUUGCAACCAGACCAGCCUGGUUUUAUCAGUAAUGACCAUGAAGCUAAGGUCAGCUAUGUGAGUAGCCAGUACCCCGACCACCCUCAGGUAUUUUCCAUGGUUAGACAGGCUUGUCUAAGGAGCUUGAGUUGUGAGGUUUGUCCGGGGCGAGAAGGUCCAAUAUUCUUCGGUGACGACCACCGUGGCCAUGUAUUCAGUCACACCUUCUUCAUCCAAGACAGCCAGGCUCGUGGUUUUAGCCGUUGGUAUAGCAUAGUAGUGGCCAUGAUGGAUAAAGUGUACCUGUUGAAUUCUUGGCCAUUCCUUGUGCAGCAUAUAAAGGACAUCAUUGACCACAUUCAAGAAAAAGCCUCAGCAGUUUACCAAACAGAGCAGGCCAAGUGUCCGCAAAGAGCCCACAGACUUCUCACAGCUCACAUCAAUCCAGCAAACUUCAGGCAGCACCGUGGAGAAAAUAAACCUGCACGCUCACUCGUGGACUUGACGAAUGACAAGAACAUUUUCCGCUACCUACACCUGUCAUUCACGUGGGUGCUCAAGGCUUGUGGGAAUCGACUGACAGAGAAGCUUGUUGAAGGUCCACCGACUGAGGACUCGGUCAUUGAUUUGGAAAAGCAGGAAGAGACCGAUGAAGGCUUCAUCAAACUUUAUACCAAGAAGAAAGAUACAGCUGAGAAUGUUACACUGGAUGAAGAGUUGACAACAGACUACCCUGAACCGUCAUUCAAAAAUAUCAGGCAUUUGUUUAAGACUCUUGAUGCUGAGAAGUUCCACACUUUAGCUCACCACGUUGUGACAGGCAAUCAGAUUGUGGUGCGAUCAAGUAGUGAAAAUCUAACAAGAUCUCUUAUCAGCUGUUUAAAGGUGUUACUGCCCCGGGGAUGCUGCAGCGUCAAAGGAUACAGCAACACUUAUGAAGACUCCUGGCGCUGUAACUUUCUUGGUAUCCCGAAGACCGUCAUGAUGCCUCAACACGUGGUGACAUCAGAACACUACCUCCUCGUCGAGGUGCGAGGACCCCUGAACAAGCCCCCUGUGCCUACUGUCGCAGAUUUUGAGUUCAUGUUACAUUCAGAGGCUACUCUGCCUGAGAAAGGUCCCACGGUGCUUACCAAGAUGGAGUCCGCCAUUACCAAUGAGGAUUUACCAAUAGAGGUGGUUGAACAAUGCCUGAUAUGCCUCAAGGAAGAAUGGAUGAAUAAAGUCAAGGUGCUAUUCAUGUUUACCAAGGCUGGUGGUAGCCGGAGCGACGAGGACAACAAGAAGAUGCUAAAGGUCCUGGGGGCCCAGGAGGAGGACAAGAGGGUACUCAAGUUCUGGAUGACGGGCCUCAGUGUGCAGUACAGGAACCAUAUGCUGUCUGCGUCAAAGAGCCAAGCUUCAUGAGGGUUCAGUGUGCAGUGCAGGAGCCAUGUAGGACUGAGUAUUGCUGUUGAACAACUGACCAGCAAUGCACUCUGAUUCCAUUUUGUGUAAAAAUAAAGAAAGGAACAGAUGCUAAGUAGUUUGUGUUGCCAGUGUUGGCAGAUAUGGUGCUAUUUCGUAAUUUCAUUGCCCCAAUAAAUUUGAUUUGAUGUU